AUGGCUUCGCAAAUCCCAAUCCCAGACAUGCGCUUCGAGCAGACAUUCCUCAAGUCGCUACAGAACUACGCCAAUAUUGCUCAGAAAUCGACGAAAUCAUCCUCCAAAUCAUCGAAAUCCGCCCCAAACUCCAUCGAGAGUGCUGCGGUAGACGUAGCUCGUCAUAAACGUACAAACGGUGAAGUUCUAAAUGCAGAAACGGAAGAAUUGCCGGCUUUGGCUCCAAUAACGCCAGGAAUCGUCAUUUACGCUGUUCUUAGGGAUGUAGUGCUUCGUCCGUUGGUAGACGGUUUCACAUGGGCGAUGAUUUUGAUCUUGGCCAAGCCCACUUUGCGAUUCGUCACCGCGCAGGGUUAUCAAUGUGGAGUAUGGUUUAGUAAGAUGAUUGGCCUCAGAGAGUGA